CUCCCUCGUUACAACACAAGUAAAAACGUCGAGGCAGUGAACUGAUCCAAAAACACCCACUCUGAGACUCCCAGUAUUCGUUACUCUCCAAGAAUGUUCCAUUUCUUCUUUUAGAUCCAAAAAAAACUACCCACUCCCACUACUCCAUCUUCACUCUUCCUUUGACCUUCUUCGUACCACUCUUCGCUCGCUCUUUCGCUCAUUUUCCAGAUUCCGAUGAACCACAACUCCCGGCCGCGCUAUCCGCCGGGGAUCGGCAAUGGUCGCGGUGGAGGUUACGCGCAACAAAACCCUAAUUUUCAAACCAGGCCGCCGUACCACCACCAACAACACCACAAUCAGCCUCAUUAUGUGCCGCGAAACGCACCGCCGCAGAAUCAACAUCAAUACCAACAACAACAGCACCAACAGCAACAACAGCAGCAGCAGCAACAACAACAACAACAACAGCAGCAGUGGAUGAUGAGACGACCUGCUAAUUCUGCUGACGAAAUUGAGAAAUCUGCUCAAACACCUCGUUCUGCUGUGGAUUCUAGUUCCGAAGAUUGGAAGGCAAACCUUAAGCUUCCACCGCCUGAUACUCGUUACAUGACAGAGGAUGUCACUGCUACAAAAGGAAAUGAGUUUGAGGAUUAUUUCUUGAAACGUGAACUACUUAUGGGAAUAUAUGAGAAGGGAUUCGAACGUCCUUCUCCAAUCCAGGAGGAAAGUAUACCAAUUGCUUUGACAGGAAGUGAUAUUCUUGCAAGAGCUAAAAAUGGAACUGGUAAAACAGCCGCAUUUUGCGUCCCUGUGCUGGAAAAAAUUGACCAAGACAACAAUGUAAUUCAAGCUGUUAUACUUGUUCCUACCAGAGAGUUAGCCCUUCAAACAUCACAAGUAUGUAAAGAACUUGGCAAGCAUUUGAACGUCCAGGUCAUGGUAACGACAGGAGGGACUAGUUUGAAGGACGAUAUAAUGCGUCUGUACCAACCAGUGCAUUUGCUAGUCGGAACACCAGGAAGAAUACUAGAUCUUGCAAAAAGGGGUAUAUGUGUUCUGAAGGACUGCUCCAUGCUUGUUAUGGACGAGGCUGACAAACUUUUGUCCCCCGAAUUCCAACCUUCUUUGGAGCAGUUGAUUAGUUUUCUUCCUGGAAACAGGCAGAUAUUGAUGUUUUCAGCUACUUUUCCUGUAACUGUCAAAGAUUUCAAAGAUAGAUAUUUGCAAAAGCCUUACGUCAUCAACCUUAUGGAUGAGCUUACUCUCAAAGGUAUUACCCAGUUUUAUGCUUUUGUUGAAGAAAGACAGAAGCUCCAUUGCCUGAACACGCUUUUCUCAAAGCUGCAAAUAAACCAAUCCAUUAUUUUUUGCAAUUCUGUGAAUCGAGUGGAAUUGUUGGCCAAGAAAAUUACAGAGCUUGGUUAUUCUUGCUUUUACAUCCAUGCGAAGAUGCUCCAGGACCAUCGAAACAGAGUAUUUCAUGAUUUCCGCAAUGGUGCCUGCAGGAAUCUUGUUUGCACAGAUUUGUUUACAAGGGGUAUAGACAUUCAAGCAGUAAAUGUUGUAAUCAAUUUUGAUUUCCCAAAAAACUCGGAAACCUAUCUGCACAGAGUUGGUCGUUCUGGAAGAUAUGGGCACCUUGGAUUGGCUGUUAACCUAAUCACAUUUGAGGAUCGCUUUAACUUGUACAAGAUUGAGCAAGAGCUCGGGACUGAAAUUAAGCAAAUUCCUCCGCACAUAGAUCAGGGUAUCUACUGCCGGUAACAAAGUCUUUUAUGGAUCAAUGCAAAGGUUGUAGAAGAAGCUAGCAACACUUUUUUACAAGAGGCAGCUGAAGACCUAUGCUGAUUUGUGAGAUGAUUUUAAGGGGCCGUCGGUUAGACUCCCCCAAAUUGAUGAAGCCCAACUGCUUGAAGACUCAUGUUUGACGUUCACAUAUCCUAGCAGUGAAAAAGGUUUCUGUAACUUGCUGUUUUCAUAUUCUUUACUCGCAUUUAACUGUAGUUGUCAAUUCGCCCACCCUCCCUCCCUCCCCUCCCUCCCUCCCUCCCUCCCCUACCCCCCACCCCCCUCCCCCACAAAAAGAAAAACAAAAAAAAAACAAAAAAAAGGAAAAAAAACAAAAAAAAAUGUAGGCAUGUAACUCUCAUAUAAGCUAAUAGCAUUUAAUCUUAGGUACAUGUAGAGGAUGCUUGGAGCUUGAAUUUCUUUGGGUUUUUUUUCUCUCUCAAUCUUUUAGAGUUUAGAGUUUUAGACUAUGUAUUCAUCGUGUUGUUGCAUAUUAACUAUAAGGAAGUGGAGUUUUAAUGCAAUAGAUGUUUAUUUCCAGCACUUUGGUGCUUCAA